AUGUGGUGGUUACGAGCUCUAUCAACCGGAACAGCGAUACAUCCAGAUCCUGUCUCACACUAUGUAACGACAGACGCAUCUGCCAGAGGCUGGGGUGCCAUAGUAGACGACGCUUCUCUGAACGGAUUAUGGUCCCCGGAACAGAAGAAAUGGCACAGCAAUUUAAAGGAAAUGUGGGCAGUUAUACAAGCCUUAACCAAUCGUCAGCAAUCGCUACGUCAUUCAACCGUGCUAGUCCAAUCAGACAACAAGAGUGUGGUGAGUUACAUGCGGAACGAGGGGGGUCUCCGAUCACAGAACCUCUAUCGGCUAACGUGCAUGUUAUUCGAGAUUGCGGACGAGAACAAGAUUCACCUGGUCUCUCAGUACCUGCCCGGUCAGGUAAACACAGACGCGGACAUGCUGUCAAGGCUCAAAUUACCCGGGGAGUGGACCUUAACGGAAGAAGCAUGUCAAGAGGUAUUUCGCAAGUUCGGAAUGCCCGAAAUCGACUUGUUCGCCUCGAAAACCGCGCACGUGCUUGCUCGCUACGUCUCACGAGAUUGCAAAGACUCGAACGCAGAGUUUCACGACGCCUUCAGCAGAAGGUGGUCAUACCGUCGAGCAUGGGUAUUCCCGCCACCACACCUAAUUCCACGAAUUCUGUCACACCUCAACCUGUGCAAGGGUCGCUACAUCCUAAUAGUACCGCGCUGGUCCAAAGUGUUUUGGCGGCCGGACCUGAAGAGGAGAGCGGUGAGCGCUCCAUUACCCAUAUUCAAUCUUCAGCAGCAGUUACUAGAUACACGGACAUAUCUGCCUCCGGUUCACGUGGACCAGAUGUAUCUAGAGGCAUGGCUAGUGAAGGGUGGUGUGCCGAAUUAA